GCAGGUACUCUUCUGGCAAUUGGAGUGAUAUCGUCAGGGGUGCAGGACCCGUGUGAUCCAGCAGCAGCACUUCUUAUCGAUCACCUGCAUUGUGAUCGUACGGUGAUGCGAAUUGGUUCCAUUUUUGGCCUGGGAUUGGCUUAUGCAAAUUCGAAAAGGUUAACUGUACUGAAGAAAGAAGAUGGCGGGAUUGUAUUCGAGCUAAAAAAGGUGCUUUCCGACACGAGACCGUCCGCAACAACCGAGGUGAAAGGAUUGGCUGCGCUAGCCAUUGGAUUCAUAUUAGUGGGUACCUGCGAUCAUAUUACAGCUUCGGAGAUGUUCAACUAUUUAAAUGAGAAAACAGCUACCGAUCUGCAAGACCCGAACUACCGUUUCGUAGCUCUUGGCAUCGCUCUGAUUUUCCUUGGUGCACAAGACAAAAGUGAAGUAUUUGUUGAGAUGGUUCGCGCGCUGCCCGAUCCGUUCGGAGCGAUGUUCUCCACUCUCAUCGAUAUAUGCGCCUACACUGGUACUGGGAAUGUACUGAAAAUACAGAAACUUCUGCAUAUUUGUUCGGAACAUUACGAAACAAAGGAGACAAAAGAAGCAAAAAAGAAGGCAAAUAAAGAAGACAAAAACAAUACAAAGAAAGAGGGGGAUGCUUCCAACGAGAAACCGGACUACUCCAGUCAACAAGCAGUUGCCGUACUGGGCAUU